AUGGCAGCAACGACAGUGCCUACAUGGGUCGCCGAUCUCACCAACCCACCACCGGCCAAGUCCAAGAACGCCGGUAUCCCUGAUCCGCCGGGGUUCGCAUCGCAGGCUGUUGGCAACAAGAAACAAGCAAGCAAGACUCCUGCCAGAACACCGCCCACUCAAGAGGAAACGGAUACGCUUAAGCUCAAGAAGGCUUGGGAAGUUGCUCUGGCACCUGUCAAGCAGCUUCCCAUGACGGCAAUCAUGAUGUACAUGUCGGGCAACUCUUUACAAAUCUUUAGCAUCAUGAUGGUCUUUAUGGCAUUCAAGAACCCCAUCAUGGGAAUACUAGGAACAAAUCAGGCAUUUGAGCGUUUCGAGAGUGAUGGCAACAAGGGGAAAAUGCUGCAAGCAAAGCUUUCUUAUGUGGCAAUGCAAGUCGUAGCACUGGCGUUGGGCAUCUGGAAGGUGAACGCAAUGGGCCUCUUGCCUACUACGAGGUCAGACUGGCUUGCUUGGGAAGCACAACGGGACCCUUUGGAACACGCAGUAGUCGGUCUCUGA